GACAAGGGACCACCAUUCUGACUGUUGAGAAACAGCACCAAUGACGGAAGGCUCAGAGGCUCCGGAGUUGCGAUCGAAUAUGGGAACUGGGGAGGAUGGCAAGGCUGCAGACCAGGAAAGGCUGACAUUUGUCCCAGGUCUGAUUUCAACAGAAAUUGAGGAAGAGGUAGAGCCCCAGGUGGCAGAUUCAGAACUUGCUGAGCUGGGACAUCGAGAGGAACGCGCAGCUGCAAAAGAAGUAGCAAAGGAUGUAGAUAUGUCUGCUGAGAGGACAGCCGAGAACCCCGAUGAGGAGCACCCACGUGAGGAAGAAGAGCAGGAAACUGCAAAGGAAGCAGCAGAGGAUGCAGACAUGUCUGCUGAAGCGGCAGCCGGGAAUGCUGCUGAGGAGCACUCGCGUGGUGAAGACGAGGAGGAGGCUGUAAAAGGAGCAGCAGAGGAUGCAGAUAUGUCCGUUGACACUGCAGCUGAGAACCCUGCUGAGGAGCAGCCACCUCAGGAAGGAAAAGAGGAAGCAGAAAAAGAAGCAACAGAAGAUGCGGAUAUGUCUGCUGAGACGACAGCCGAGAACCCUGAUGAGGAACACCCACGUGAGGAAGAAGAGCAGGAAACUGCAAUGGAAGCAGCAGAGGAUGCAGACAUGUCUGCUGAAGCGGCAGCCGCGAAUCCAGCUGAGGAGCACCAACAUGAGGAAGAAGAGCUGGAAGCUGCAAAAGAAGCAACAGAAGAUGCAGAUGUACCUGGCAAGACGGCGGCUGAAAGUUCUGAAGAGGAACAGGCGGAAGAGGAAGAAGACAGGGCUGGCGGGGACACGUCUGCGCAGGGAGAUGUGGAAGAAGAGGAGGAAGGCGCGGCAGAACCUGCAGGCAUUGGAGAGGAGGUUGGCGAGGAUGCCGAGGCAGAUGCAGCUCAGCCUUCCUCCCCAAAACCAGAGGAUGCGGGGCCUGCAGGGUGUGAGGGGAACAUGGAGGAUUCCAUGGCCUUCACGCCGAAGGAGAUUCAGUCAAAUCUUUGCAAGGCACGCAUUUGGAACUCAGGUCAUGGUGGCCAGUGCAGUAUGGUUGCGCCGAAGGACGGAGACUUCUGCGGUCGCCAUCGCAGCGGUUGGAAGGUCCAUGGUCGUGUAGAUGGCCCAAUCCCAGAGGCGAAGCUGAAGGAGUUUCAGAGAUUUCAAAAGCGCCUUGCAAAAGCCAAGGGCAGUGAAAAAGGAGCUAAGGCAGGAAAGGAUGGCAGGGACAGCAACGGUUCCAAGAAGACGCCCAAAAAGGAAGCGGCAGCAUCCGCAGGGGAGCGAUGCAAGACGCCCUCCAAGGGAUCUUCUCGAACAUCUACGACCAAGUCCACUAAGAAAUCCAGGGUCUCCACCUCAUCCCGGUCCUCUCGGUCUUCCCCAGAUGUGGGUGAUGAACCUACCAGCUCCAAAGUCCAGGGGAAGAGACUGGAGGUUUUGUCUGAUGAGGAAACCACUGCUGAAGAGAAUGCAGAGAAGAGGGCCACCCGAAAUCUGAAGAGAAAGCGGCAGGCCACACCCAAGGCAAACAAAGUGGAUGCCAGGGCCAGCAAAGCUGCCAGAAAGACCGAAAAGGCAAAAACUUCGAAACCCAAAGAGACCAAAAAAUCUGAAAGAAAAGCUGACAAAGCUUGGAAAUGCACUUGUGGAAAGCCAUUCCACACCGAAAAAUGCAAACUCUUCCGGCCCAGCUUCCUCCACAGCAGCCGCUUCCCAAGAGCCUCCUCCCGGUCUCGAUUUAUGGCCUCUCCUAAGAAGCGCCGUGAGACGCUGCCACCGCCAUCUGUGCAGCUGUCUCGUACUGCCAGUGAGCAGGUGGUCAAGAUUAGUGCUGAGAUUGAACAGCUUCCCAAAGAUCAGAGGAGAAGCGCCUGGAAGAAUCAGAUGCGAAUGUACCACCCAGACAAGAAGUCGGUCUUUCCCAACUUGUCUGAAGAGCAAAUGAAUGAGGUUUUUGUGGAGAUUAAGCGCCGCUAUGAUUUCGCGGCACGCCAGCAGCAAGAGGACCUAGUGCCACCUGCGCGGCAAUUCUGGGGCAGUGCACGGUGAUCCAGGAUCCUCGAUGCUGGCACUUUGGUCGUGAUGCUGCGUGGGGUUCGACUUGUGUCAGCGACCAGAAAAAA